AGCAAAGCAGCAGCGGCAGCCUUGAACGACCGACCGACGGGCAGCAAAGCCAGGAAUAAGGGCCGCUUCCUUCCUUCCUUCCUUCCUCCCUCCCGGUAGGCGUAGCUGCUGAACGUACUCUCCGUUCGGCUCCUGCGUCUUCCUCUCGCAGACAGAGACACACAGAGAGGGAGCGAGAGAGACGAGCGAGCAGCGCGCCCGCCAUUAUUAUUGCGGCCCCUUCCACACGCUCACGCUAGCUGCUGCAAUUGCCAUCAUCACGAGCGCCGUGAGCGCCAGGAGCGGCAUUUAUACCCUGCAGCGACAGCCGACAAGACGAGCAAGCAAAGGCAAACACACCGCCAAGCAAAUACAGAGAGAAGGAAGGAAGGAAGCUACUUACUUGGAGGAUCCUGAGCUGCGUGCCUGCCUGCCUGGGGGGGAUCCCAUGGAGCAGUACGAGGUCGUGGAGCAGAUCGGCCGGGGCGCCUACGGCACCGCCUACCUCGUCGUCCACAGGGCCGAGAGGAAGAGGUACGUGAUGAAGAAGAUCCGCCUGUCCAAGCAGAACGACAAGUUCCAGCGGACCGCUUACCAGGAGAUGUCUCUGAUGGCGAGCCUCAGCAACCCCCACAUCGUCGAGUACAAGGACGGAUGGGUCGACGAGGGGACCUCCGUGUGCAUCGUCACGAGUUACUGCGAAGGAGGCGACAUGGCGCAGAGGAUCAAGAAGGCGAGGGGCGUCCUUUUUUCUGAAGAGAGGGUUUGCCGGUGGUUCACGCAAUUGCUCUUGGCCCUUGACUAUCUGCACUGCAAUCGCGUGCUGCACCGUGACCUCAAGUGUUCCAAUAUCUUGUUAACAAAGGAUAACAACAUCCGACUUGGUGACUUCGGGUUAGCAAAAUUACUCAUGGAGGACCUUGCCUCAUCGAUUGUAGGAACCCCAAACUACAUGUGCCCAGAAAUACUUGCGGACAUACCUUAUGGUUACAAAUCUGAUAUAUGGUCACUUGGUUGCUGUAUGUUUGAGAUUUUAGCACACCGCUCUGCAUUCAAAGCUACAGACAUGGCAACAUUAGUUAACAAAAUAAACAGAUCUUCAAUAUCUCCAAUGCCCCCAAUAUAUUCAUCAUCACUGAAGCAGAUAGUGAAGAGUAUGCUUAGGAAAAAUCCUGAGCAUCGACCAACUGCUGGGGAGCUAUUGAGGCACCCAUAUUUGCAGCCAUAUCUGGCUGAAUCAUGCAGCUGCUCCCCAAUCUACCUUCCAGUGAAGCCCACCAAAAGUAAUCUGGGAGACAAGCAGUCAAGAAAGCCAAGUGGUGGCAGAAAGAGAGUUGUUAAAGCCAAUGAAGCAUUACAAACAGCAGCAGACCAAACUGUGGAAACAAGGGACAGCUCAACAAACUAUUCAGAUGUAUCUACUGUUGGUACCCAGGAUGCCUGCAUUUCGCAAAUAUCACUGCAUCCUGUAGCCAGAAACAAAGAUCAGCAAACCACCGACGUUUUAUCACUGCAGCAUACAGAGGAGAACUUGACAGAAACAACUGAUCGACAGAUUGAUGAGACGAUAUGUCUAAAAGCUAUCAGAACCAGCAGUUCAGUAGAGGUUGCCCCAGUUAACAAUGCAAAUCAAAAGCUUAACGAGGCACCGAUACCAAAUGAGGAAUUGACGAUUGGAGUAGUGCAAGAGCAGAGAAAGGAUGUGAAGACACACUCUUUUCAAGGAAUAAAGCCAGGCAUGGGUGAUGUAGAUGCUGUUACGGAGGAAUCAUCGCCAGUGAGCACGCUAAAAUUAGGAAAUGCAGUUAGCACACCUGCCGAGUUUGAUCAUCUGAACAUAGUGCAGCAGAGAGCCGAUGCUCUGGAGUCGCUUCUUGAGAUUUGUGCAAAGCUCCUAGAGCAGGAAAGGCUUGAUGAGCUAGCAGGUGUUCUUAGACCAUUUGGAGAAGGAGCUGUGUCGUCUAGAGAGACUGCGAUAUGGCUGACGAAAAGUCUCAUGACUCCACCAAAGUUUGAAGGAUCCCCAAAACUUUCGUAGUGAAGAGUUUGAAGAUCUUGUGUGUGAGUGAGCGGGUGCUAUCUGGAGAGUGUAUAUAGCUUCACUAAAUUCAUGGUCGCGCUAACUGAGGCUUGAGUGUUAUUUAUCUUGAUGUAUAUGGUUUGCAGCAUGGGUGACGUUGUGUGCACUAACUAUUCAGUCACCUAUUUAUUGUACAAUAUCGUCGUCCGAUUUUGCAAUCUUUCAAGUAAUAAAGGAAGUCAUGCCAAUUUCAUUACCAA